AUGGAAAAUAAAUUUGUUCUUCGUCGUGCUGAUAUGAAUGAUGUUGACUCAUUAUCAAAACUUUGUGAACAAACAUAUCAUGAAACAUUUGUGGAACAUUUCGGUAUAAAUUAUCCGGAAAAAGAUCUCAAUUCUUAUUCUCGUUCAUCUGCUAGUCCAGAAUGGUUUUCUCAACAAAUCCUUGAUCAAAGUCGAGCUGUAUGGGUGAUAGAAGAUAAUACUAAUGGUGAACUUAUCGCUUAUGCUGUUGCCGGUCCUGCUGAUCAAAAGGAUAUUCCUCAUGAUGAUCUUUGUUCAAAUGUAGAUGGAGCAGUUAAUUGUUUCUUUGUUCGACGUGAUUAUCAAUCUCAUGGAUUUGGGAGAGAAUUAAUGAAUAUCAUUUUACCUUGGUUAGAAGAACAUUAUCCACACAGACCUAUAUGGCUCAAUGUAUGGUCAGGAAACAUCAAAGCACAACGAUUUUAUACACAUUAUGGUUUUAUUAAAAUUGGUGAAGCUGAAUUUUCAGUUGGAGAACGGAAAGAUCAUGAUUUUAUUAUGAAACGUCAAGCUAAUCAACUCUAA